AAACAAAAACAUUUAUUUAUUGUUUUCCAGUGUUUUUAUCAAACAAAAUUAUCUCUGUUUUUUGUCCAUUUUUCCAUCCUAAUUUAUCAAUAUUCGUUAUGGUUGGAUUGUAAAUUUUUCCAUAAGUGUUUUUUCCAUUGAAAUCUUUAAAAAUUCAUAAUGCAGAACGUGAUAAAUAGCGUUAAAGGCACUGCCCUUGCUGUUGGCGAAUACCUGACCCCUGUAUUAAAGGAAUCUAAAUUCCGCGAGACAGGGGUGUUAACACCUGAAGAAUUCGUCGCUGCAGGUGACCACUUGGUGCACCACUGCCCCACCUGGCAGUGGGGCUGUGGAGACGACUCCAAAGCCAAACCUUACUUGCCCAAAGACAAGCAGUUUUUGAUUACCAGGCAUGUGCCUUGUUCUAGAAGAUGUGAACAAAUGGAAUACUCUGAAGAACUAGAAAAAGUAAUUGUGUCCGAUGACGCAGACAACGGUUGGGUGGACACUCAUCACUACGACAAAGAACACACCAAUGAUAAAACCUCCGAAAUGACUUUGGAAAGGGAAGAAAGCAUGGAAGAAGCAGCAUCCAAAGUCAAAAACGAUUUGUUCGAUGAUGAAGAAGAGGAAGAUGAUGAUGAUGGAGACUUUUUAGAUAUGGAAGCUUUCGAAGAGAAUGGAUUGUUUGAUGAUGAAGAUUGUGUCUCAGCAGCCCAACUAAAGGCAGAAGCAGGUAAAAGCACUGAGGAGGGUGGAGAAAUCGUUAUGACGCGCACCUACGAUCUGCACAUCACUUAUGAUAAAUAUUAUCAAACGCCCCGUUUAUGGAUAAUCGGAUAUAAUGAGAAACGUCAAUUUUUAACCAACAAAGAACUAUUCCAAGACAUUAACAAGGAUUACGCAAUGAAAACUGUUACGCUCGAGACUCAUCCUCACAUCAGUUUGCCCAGAGUAGCUUCAGUGCAUCCUUGCAGGCACGCAGAAGUAAUGAAAAGCAUUAUCGAAACAGUCACCGAAGGAGGAGGUGAACUUGGAGUACAUAUGUACAUAAUAAUUUUUCUCAAGUUUAUGCAAUCUAUUAUACCGACUAUCGAAUAUGAUUAUACUAAAAAUUUUACCAUGUAAAGCUGCAAUAAUGCAUUUUUUUCUGGUCAUAUUUUGUUGUUUUGUGCUAUAUUAUUGUUUAAUGGAGGAACUUUACAACUAUUUCCUCAGCAUAUUAUUAAUUGUUAUUUUAUAUUUUGGCUUUUAGUAGGAAUGUAUAUUUUAUUAAAUAAAAUUUUUCGUCUACAAAGCAA